AUGGGGUCGAAGCGCUCGUCCGAUGGGGAGACGUCCGAAGAGCGCGAGUCCCAGCGUCUGAGACUGUCUCCUGAUUGGGAGGAGACUUCUUCCCUGUUUGGCGGUGACGAGGACUUGGAUCCUCUUUUUGGUGCUGGUGAGGUCGAGGAGGGGGAGUCUGACCCUCUUUUUGACGAGCCUGAGGCAGCCCAGACCCUACAGGCACCACAGGCUUCGUCUUCCGGCCUCGCCUUGCCGACUGGGGCACCAAGGGCCGCGACUCUCGGUCUCGCUCUGCCGACCGGGGCACCAAGGGCGGUGGCCUCCGGUCUCGUCUUGCCGACCGGGGCACCAAGGGUGAUGACCUCCGGCCUUGUCUUGCCGACCGGGCAACCAAGGGCGGUGGCCUCCGGUCUCGUCUUGCCGACCGGGGCACCAAGGGCGGUGACCUCCGGUCUUGUCUUGCCGGCGGCGGCACCGGAGGCCGCAUCUUCUCGUCUCGUGGUGCCAGUCAUGACACCGGCGGCGAGUGAGGGUGGCCGGGCCUCUCGAGCGCGGAGUGAGGGCCCUGUCUCUGUCGGCGACGAGGCCACCAGAGCAACAAAGUCGCCGGGGCCAGCCGAGCAGCCUGCAGCAGGCAGGCGGAGAUCGAGAAAGGGCAAGGAGCCGAUGGUCGCGACUCCUGCGAUGAUCGCUGCGAUGCGCCAGCAGCUGCCAGGGCAGGUCGACGCGGCAGCCAGGUUCGCAGCGACUGCUGCGAGGGUGAGGGCAUCGGCCGUCCCGCCUGACCAUCAGCAGCAGCAACAACAGGUCCAGCAGGAGGAGCAGCAACAACAACAACAACAGGUCCAGCAGCAGCAGGAGGAGGAGGAGGAGGACCAGCAGCAGCGACAACAGCCAGAGCAGGACCAGCAGCAGCCACAACAGCCACGGCAGGAGCAGCAGCAACAACAGCAGCAGCAGCAGCCACAGCAGCCACAAGCCGCUCCGCUGACCAAGGCAGAGAGAAGGGCUCGGCUUCGAGCGCAGCACGAGGCCGCCAAGGCAGCACGUGAUGCGGCGACGUUGAACUUUGGAAAGCUGUCGGAGGAGGAGCAGGCGCGUCGGGUGGCAGAGCAGAGACGGGCAGCGGGAGAGCCCGAAGAACAUCCCGAUCCAUUCACAUCGGCGAGAGAUCUCCGAAGACAGAGGGCGACGGCCAAACAACGCGAGUACCGGGCUGCCCAGGCGAGCCGAAAGGAGUAG